AUGACUCAUGGUGCUUGGGUUCUGGACGGCAUUGUCGUUUGCAACGCUGCACGCGCGUCAAAGGAUGGUCUAGACGAGUAUGAGAAUGAUAGCUUCAUAGCAGACUCUGAUGAUGAGGAAGAAAAUGUGGGAGGAGAGGAAGUAGAACAGAAGAGCAAUGAUGAGGGUCAAAAAAAGAAAAGGAAAAAGAAAAGGGAAUCAGAAGACUUCAUGCUUGAUGAGGAUGACUAUAUGUUGCUCGAGGAUAAUAAUGUCACCGGCAUCAGUCGGCCAAAGCCAAUGAUGAUGGAACAGGGACAAAAGACAGUGGCAACGGGAGAGUCAAAUCCAAUUAAUUCCAAUUCUAUUUCCUCAGAUGCUGUGCCUUUUGAGGACUACGAGGAUGACCAGCAGGCAGAGGAAACUGAGGAGCUUGGUAAUUACGAAGAUGAUUUGGGAGGUUUCAUUGUGGAUGAUGAUGAAAUUGAUGGGAAUGGCCAAGUUGUAAGAAGGAUGAAGUUUAAAAAGAAGGUACCACGACAAGCCGCAGGUGUAUCAUCAUCUGCUCUACAAGAGGCCCAAGACAUAUUUGGUGAGGUUGAUGAGUUGUUAGCACGAAGAAAGCAAGGGCUUGAGAGGGAGGCUUCUAACUCAGGUGAGUUGAGAGGGAAGAGGCUUGAAGACGAGUUUGAGCCAUUUAUUCUUGAAGAGAAGUAUAUGACAACAAAAGAUGGGCAAAUAAAAGAAAAUGAAUGGCCUGAGAGGGUGCAGUUGUCUUAUGAGUUGACUGGCGAUCCUCCAACGGAUAACACGAUGAUAGAGGAAGAAAGUUUAUGGAUACACAGCCAACUAACUGGCGAUGGGUUUCUGUUCUUUUUCGGUGAUGAAUUGAACAAGGAUAUUGACCAGAAGGACAUUGCUAACGUUUUGACCAUGCUGCAUGUCAAAAAAUUUGAAAUUCCAUUCAUUGCAAUGUACAGAAAGGAGAAAUGUUCAAGCCUGCUAAAAAACCUUGAUUCUUAUCAGGGUAAUGAAUAUGAUGUGCCCAAAAUGAGGUGGCAUAAGCUGCUCUGGGCAGUUCAGACCUUAGACAGAAAAUGGCUACUUCUUCAGAAGCGCAAGGUUGCUUUAGAGUUGUACUAUGAGAAACGAUUUGAUGAUGAGAAACAGAGGAUAGAAGAUGUCACAAGGCAGGAACUUAACAGGCAACUUUAUAAUUCUAUCAUUGAUGCGCUAAAGGAUGCUAAAUCUGAGAAAGAGGUGGAGGAUGUUGAUGCAAAGUUCAAUUUACAUUUUCCUCCUGGUGAAGUUGAAGGACAAUUCAAACGUCCAAAAAGGAAAUCCUUGUACAGGAUCUGUCACAACGCAGGGUUAUGGGAGGUUGCCAACCAAUUUGGGCACAGUUCUGAGCAAUUUGGUCACCAUCUAACAUUAACAAAAAUACCUGCCCGCCGCCUGCCGCAGAAGCCCCGACGCCGGCCGCAUCCUCCCGCCGCCGGAGAUCCCCCGCCAACUGCGCUUGGCUUCACGGAGAUCUUGAUGGAGGAAGAUAUAACUGCUGUUGGCUUUGCGGAGGGCCUCGGCGUCAUCUUCGUCACGACAAGUGCUGGCGUCUUCGCGAUUAACCUGGAGUCAGGCCAAGUCAAGAAGAUGUCCGGCAGAAGGCCCGUCCCUGACGUUGUCAUUCCUUACAUGAGCUUCUAUACUCCAGAUACUGUUGAUCCAAAUCUGAGCUAUGGCAUGGUUAUGAGUUUAUCAAUUGUCUCUUUUCAGAUCAUGCUACGGGCUGACCACCAGUACCAUGAUGAGAACACUGGGAUCCAUUCAUUCCAUGAUGAUGAACCUUCUGUUGGUGCAUUGGCUUAUGGCAGACAUGAUGCUUUAAGUGCUUUGGUUUUAGUUGACUAUAAGCAAGCAAUGAGUUGGAGUGUGAUCGUGAAAGCAGAACAAGAUAAGCUUCUCAAGGUUACUGUAAAAUUGCUAGAAGAUGCUAAGAAUGAACUGAUGUCUGAUGCACGUGAGAAUUAUCUAAGUGACUGUGUCAGCAAGUCUGCGCAGUUGUGGGAUGAGCAACGAAAGAUGAUACUAGAUGAUGCCUUCUUCAGUUUCCUUCUUCCAUCAAUGGAGAAGGAGGCUCGAUCACUGUUGACAGCAAAAGCUAAACAUUGGCUCCAUAUGAAAUAUGGGAAACAGUUGUGGAACAAGGUAACUGUUGCUCCUUGGAAGGAGGAGGAUGCUGACAUUGAUUUGGAUGACGAAUCAGAGUUGAGAGUUAUGGCCUGCUGCUCGGGUCCUGGGAAGCCAUCAAUCACCUUUGUAAUUAACAGGUCUCAAGGUGUCACCGAGGAGCAUAAGAAGAAGAAUGGAGCAUCAAACUACAAUUGCAGACAACUCAAGGAUGAUAUUUAUGAGGUUAUUUACAAGGGAAUCGUAGAAGAUAAUCCCAGAGAUGUUAUCCCUCACAUGAAAAAUCUUAGCAUUAUCUAUGGUGAUGAAUCUGUGCCUCGCUUGUAUGAGAACUCUCGAAUAUCUUCGGAUCAACUUCCUGGCCACUCAGGCAUUGUGAAGAGGGCUGUGGCACUUGGACGUUACCUUCAGAAUCCAUUGGCAAUGAUUGCUACACUAUGUGGACCUGGAAAAGAGAUACUUUCUUGGAAACUGCAUGCGCUGGAACAGUUUCUCACUCCUGAUGAGAAGUAUGAAGUUGCUGAGCAAGUAAUGGUUGAUGCAACAAAUCAGAUAGGUUUCGAUAUUAAUCUUGCUUCUAGCCAUGAGUGGCAUUUUUCAACAUUACAAUUUAUUUCUGGCCUGGGUCCACGCAAAGCUUCAGCUUUGAAAAAAGAUCUGGUAAGAGAGGGAUCAAUUUUUAGCCGCAAGGAUCUUGUAGAACCUCUAGGCAGGAAAGUAUUCAUGAAUGCUUCUGGGUUUUUACGUCAAAAAAAACUAGCUAAGGAUAUCUAUGCCGAGGAUGCACCACAUGAAAUGAAUGAAAUGGAUGAUGACGAGCAAGAAUUGGCGAUUGAGCACGUUAGAAAAAUGCCACAUAUGCUUGGACUUGUAUGUAUUGAGGAGUAUAUAAAGAGCAUUCUAGAAGAAUACCGAAAAAAGGAAACACUGUGUGAUAUACAGAAGGAGCUGAUGUAUGGUUUUUAUGAUUGGAGGACCCCCUAUCUUGAGCCAAGACGAGACCAGGAAUUUUGGAUGCUUUCUGGUGAAACUGAGGAUACCAUAUCUGUGGGAAGGACUGUUCAAGUAACCGUUUGCAAUAUACAAGAGAACAAAAUAAUUUGCAUGUUUGAUUCUGGUUUGAAAGCCAUAGUUAUGGCAGAUGACUAUUCUGAUGAGGGUUUUGAUCCAGAAUCAUCACAGUUACAUGAAGGUGAUGUAUUAACUGGCAAAAUUUGGAAUUUGGAUAAAAAUAGGUUCAUGGUUCACCUAACCUGCAAGGCUAGUGAAAUGAGGAAAAUACCAUUGUCCAGACGUCAUCAGGAUCCUUAUUAUCAUGAACAAGCUAUGACCUCACAGACUGCACAAGAUAAGGCUCGAAAGCAAAAGGAACUUGCAAAGAAGCAUUUCCAGCCCCGGAUGAUUGUUCAUCCCCACUUCAAGAACCUGACAGCAGAAGCAGCCAUGCAGUUUUUAUCAGAUAAAGAGCCUGGUGAAAAGGUGAUCCGAGCAAGUUCUAGGGGACCAUCAUUUUUUACUCUAACCCUAAAAAUUGCUGAUGGUAUUUAUGCACACAAGGAAAUAUCUGAAGGUGGAAAGGAUCACAAAGAUAACAUGCUUGGCCUGGGAAAAACACUAACAAUUAACAACGAAACUUUUGGAGACCUCUAUGAGCUUGUGGUUCUGGUGGUGGUGCUGGUGAUGCAAAUGAUGGUUGGAGGAGAGAUGGUAAUUAUAAGGAUAGAUCUUUAUCUGGAACUGGAAGAUCAGGAGGGAGGUUUAACUCAAGGAACAACUCUGGUGGUGAUGGACAAGGACGUGGGCAUGGUCGAGAGGUACCUGCGCAAGAUUUCGAUGAGACUGAGGAAGGCCAGGAGCGACGGUAAGGGGUUACCGUCAUCCAUGGCCGCCGUUGAUGACACGGCCAGCGAGAGGGCCGAGUACGUGGCCCGCGCCAUCUCGUACUGCAAGGACACGCUCCGGCGCGGCACGUCGCGGUCGCCGUCCCCGCCGCCGCCUCCCUCGCCUAGCCUUGACGAGUGGCUCCAGGACAGACAGGAGGAGAUCAUCGAGGCCGCCGCCGUGCACUGCGACGAGUGCAGGGACUCGCGGCCCUCGCCGACGCGUCCUCGCCGGGCCGCCGGAUGGCCCCUCGGGAUGCAGACGAUGGCGAAGCGAUUCAAGGAGUCGCCGUGCCUGGCCUCGCCAAGCCGGGACAGUUCACUCGCCGCGUGCGCCGUCUCGCACAGCGAGGAGUCACUGCAACCGCAUCACGGCCACGGUUGCCGUGGCGAAUCGUCAAUGAGCAGUUUGGACGAGACGGAGUUUCUGAAGACAUUCGAUGGGGACUUGGAGAUGAUCAAUCACCAUUUCAUCACUGUGGAGAUCUGA